AUGGGGUUUGUUAUAGAUAUCUGGUUGUUCUUGAUGGCAGCUAAUGAAAGUGAAGUCCCUGCUGAUUUUUACGACAUUGACUCUUUGCUGUCUCGUUCAACCAAAGUAACGUGCACUUAUGGAAGCAACACUCCAAGAGAGAUUUAUGAAUUGUUGGGUACAAACGCUCCUCAUUUCACGGAUGAAAAAGGAUACAGAGUGCUGACACCGUUUUGGUUCGUUCGAGCUCUGGAACCAUUUUGUUCGGUAACUCUCCCACUAGCGUACAACUCAAACGUGCGAAACGUCUUGCUGGCCAACGCAGCUCAUGCUGAUUUAGAAGCGCUUCAACCAUAUUACUACGAAAUGGGAAUGCAUAUUUGUCAUUCAAUAGACGAAGGAGCUAGUGUGGCACUGGCGGAGUGUUUGUUAGAGGCCUUCGUUCAACGGAUUGGAAGUAUUGUGCUCCGAAUGUACCGUGAAAACGAAAUUCCCAAGAAAAUAGAUAACCUCGAAAAGAAGUUGUAUGAGGAAAGUGUGAAAUGCCGGGAUCGCCUUCAUGAAUAUCUCCGUGCUCAACAAACGAACAGAAAUCGGAAACGUCGCUUGGAGCUUUUGUAG